AUGGCGAGCCAAGGAAUUCUGUUGGAAGUGAAGCCGAGAGGCAAGCCCAUAUCUAAACUUCCUGGAACGAUCUCAAUUGGUCCCGAGGAGAGCCUUGCUGCGCUAUAUGCUACGAUUUCGAGGCGAUCCGGGUUCCCGGUUACGCGACUCAGGAUCACCAAGGGCAGCGAUGGCAGCCUCCUAAAGAACGAUGCCCGUGUGACAGUGUCCAGCACCGGAGUCAGGAACCAGAGUGUCAUCUACGUUAAAGAUCUAGGGCCGCAAAUAGGAUGGCGUACGGUCUUCAUUAUCGAAUACCUAGGACCCCUCAUUAUCCACCCACUGGUUCUCUAUGGCCUGCGACCUUUCAUAUACCGAAGUCCUAAGCCAUUGCCUCCUGUAUCGAGCCUACAAACGUUGACCUGCGCGUUACUGACACUCCACUUCAUCAAGCGCGAGAUGGAGACCCUCUUUGUCCACCGAUUCAGUGUCUCGACGAUGCCCUUUACCUAUGUUUUCCGAAAUAGUGCCCAUUACUGGCUCCUUGGCGGCGUAAAUCUCGCAUACUGGGUGUUUUCGCCUUCAUCAUCAACAGCCACUGACCACCCUAACCCAGCACUACUAUACCCCGGCCUAGUACUCUUCCUUGUAGGUCAGCUGUCCAACCUUUCUACACAUCUCACCUUGAGAAGCCUCAGGAAACCCGGUAGCACAGAGCGCGUGAUACCUACUGGCUUCGGAUUUGAUUGGGUGACGUGUCCAAACUACCUCUUCGAAGUGAUGGCCUGGGUCGGAGUAUACCUUGUUAGUGGGCUCAACUGGAGUGUCCUACUCUUCCUUGUGGUGGGAGCCGGCACUAUGAUGAAAUGGGCUAGCCAGAAGGAGAAGAGAUAUCGGCGGGAGUUCGGGGAUAAGUACAAGAAAAAGCGCUUUGUUAUGCUGCCUGGACUGUGGUAG